AUGCCGACGGUUACUUUCACAAGCCUUCAAUUUCACGGAAACGACUUGACUUGGAAGCCCUUGUGCCAUGAUGAUGAGAGAUUUGCCUUGUUGCAAUUCAAGGAAAGCUUCAUCAUCAAUCGGUCCGCGUCCGAAGAUCUCUCUGCUUAUCCGAAAGUUUUAUCGUGGAAGCCUGAUCAAAUCAGUGAUUGCUGCAAGUGGGACGGUGUAGAGUGCAAUAAGGACACUGGUCAUGUCAUCGGCCUCAAUCUCAGUAGUAGCUGUCUUAAAGGUUUUCUCAAUUCCAAUAGCAGCCUCUUCCGCCUUGCUCACCUCGAGAGCUUAAAUCUAGCCGACAAUCACUUUAAGCGUUCUCCACUCCCAACUAGUUUUAGGCAGCUUUCAAGGCUAACAAAUCUCAACCUCGCUAACUCUGUAUUUUUUGGCCAAAUCCCUACAGAAAUCUUAGAGCUCUCCAAGUUAGUUUUCUUGAGUCUCUCAUAUAAUCCGUUGUUGAAGCUCCAAGAAUCUGGCCUAACAGUUAUAGCUCAAAACCUCACAAACUUGAAAGUACUAUCUCUUAAACAGGUUGGCAUAUCAUCCAACGUUCCCAAUAUCUUGGCAAACUUAUCUUCUUUAGCAGUUCUAUCUCUAAGUGAGUGUGACCUGCAUGGUGAGUUUCCCGUGGGAAUUUUCCAUCUACCUAAGCUUCAGCGUCUUAAUAUACAGGAUAAUGAAAACCUCAAGGGCUGUAUCCCAGAAUUUCACAGAACCAGCCCCCUUAAUUUAUUGAUACUUGGAAACACGAGCUUCUAUGGAGAAAUACCAUCUUCACUAGGUAACCUUACCAAUCUAAUUGUUUUAGAUCUUCAAUCAAGUAGGUUGCACGGUUCAAUUCCACAGUCAAUAUCUAGGCUUGUAAAUCUUGAAACUCUGUAUCUCAAUGAUAACUAUUUGAGUGGCAGGGUGGAGUUUGAGUUGUUUCUGAGACUCGGAAAGCUAGUUGAAUUGCAGUUAUCUAGAAACGAUAUUUCAUUGCUUACAAAUCCGAGUACCAACUCAACUUUUCCAAAAUUUAGGAUAUUAUUUAUAGCUGAUUGUGACUUGGGUGAGUUCCCAGAGUUUCUGAGGAACCAAGAUCAGCUGGAGCUAUUAGAUCUUCGUGGAAACAAAAUUCACGGCCAAGUUCCAAAAUGGAUGGGGAAUAUAAGUAUAGAAACUCUCUGGCUUUUAGAUCUGGAAAACAACUUUCUCACCGGUUUCAACCAACUUCCGGUUGUACUCCCCUACGUUAAUCUAAAGUCACUAAAGCUUGAUUCUAACAUGCUUCAAGGGUCACUGCCAAUCCCGCCACCUUCCAUUGAUUUCUAUACGGUCUCAAACAACAGACUGACCGGAGAAAUUCCACAUUUGAUUUGCAAUCUAAGUUUAAUAACUGAGCUCGAUUUGUCAAGCAACAACUUGAGUAGCAAUCUUCCUCAAUGUUUAGGCAACUUGAGUGCUUCUCUCACAAAAUUGGAUCUACACAACAAUAGCUUUCAUGGAACCAUUCCUCGGAUCUGCGGUGAAGCAAACGAAUUGAUGAUGAUUGAUUUCAGCGAAAAUCAUUUACAGGGGCGUGUACCGAGAUCAUUGGCAAAUUGUACCAAGCUUGAAGCUGUUAAUCUUGGUAACAAUCAGAUUCAUGAUAUUUUUCCUUCCUGGUUGGGCAUUCUUCCAGAGUUGAGGAUUCUCAUUUUGAGAUCUAAUGAACUCUAUGGUACAAUAGGAAGUUCUGAUAGCAAUUUAGAUUUCCCGAAAUUGCACAUCAUUGACCUCUCAAAUAAUGAUCUUACCGGCAAGUUGCCCUCUGAACACUUCCAAAAUUGGAAAGCCAUGCAAAUCGUCGAUGCCGAGAGCUUGAAGUACAUAGGGCAAAACCAAAUUCUAGUGACACUUGCAGGAGAUAGAAUGAACCAUAUCUGCUCCUACUCAAUGACAAUGAUCAAUAAAGGCACGAAAAUUGUAUACCAUAAAGUUCCUGAUUUCUUCAUAGCUAUUGAUCUCUCGAACAACAGAUUUGAAGGAGAAAUCCCAGACGUGGUGGGGAAUCUGAAAGGACUUAAUUUGCUCAACCUUUCCUCAAACUUUCUCACAGGACCUAUCCCAUUUACAUUGGCAUACUUGACAAGGCUAGAAGCAUUGGAUCUGUCUCAAAACAAUUUGUCUGGUGCGAUCCCUUUGCAACUAACGGAACUCACUUUCCUUUCAUACUUUAAUGUCUCCCAUAAUCGUUUGGAAGGACCUAUACCACAUGGGAAACAAUUCGACACAUUCGACAACAGUACGUUUAGUGAGAACUCUGAAUUAUGUGGAAGUCCUUUGUCAAAGAAAUGUGGGAAUCCUGAGGACUCACCGCCUCCAUCUUCAAGCCACAACUCAGAAUUCUCAUUUGAAUUUGGUUGGAAAGUAGUCGCGAUUGGAUAUGGAUGUGGAUUCUUGUUUGGAGCUAUGUCUGGGCAAAUCGUAAUCACAAAGAAGUAUGGACAAAUCGGAUAUGCUCUCGUGCCUAUGAUUGCUAGGGGAGUGAUGUUGGGUCCCAACCAUCCUGUGAUCCUGCACAUGCUUGAUAUCCCACCUGCUGCAGAGGCAUUGAAUGGGGUGAAAAUGGAGUUGGUGGAUGCUGCAUUUCCUCUACUUAAAGGUAUGUUUAUGGCCUCUUAA